AUGAUCGGUUUCCACCCGUCCCUGUCGACGCAGGACGCGAUGAAGCUACUCAAGCACCAAAUUAUUAACAAGAACACGAGGGUCAUCAGUGCCAUCCUGGGACUCGACUUGGAAAGAGCCUUCGACAAAAUCGCCCACGCGCGCAUCCUAGACUCCAUUUCGGAGCUCGGGCUGGGCGAGAAGUUUCACAAGUUUGUCAGUUGGUUUCUACGAUCCCGGAAAGCCGCGCUCAAGAUUGACGAUUUCAAGUCCGACUUUGUGGAACUGGGCCCGAAAGGUACGCCGCAGGGUGCGGUAAUAUUCCCGCUUUUAUUCAACAUUGCCAUCUGCAAGCUAUCCAAAUCACUCUUCAGAGUCGAAGGCAUCAACCACACUCCCUACGCCGACGACAUCACCAUCUGGUGUGCCGGCGGCAGUGAGGGCGAGGUGGAAACUACGCUUCAGGAAGCCCUUAACCAAACAGAACGUUUUCUCACCAACACGGACCUUAAGUGUUCAUCGAGCAAGUCAGAGCUCCUCCUAUACAGGCCCGUCAGGAGGGGGCUAAAACAUAAGGGCUGGAUGCCGCUGUCGGCAGUCGACAUAAACCUCCGCACGAGUAAUAGUAAUCCCAUUCCCAGGGUGGACGUCCUUAGAGUUCUCGGCAUGCUGAUAAAGUCGAACGGCUGCAACGGUCGAACGAUCAACAAAAUCAAUAUGAAGACGGAGAACAUGAUCAGACUAAUCAACAGAGUCUCCAACAGGCGGGGAGGUAUCAGAAAAGACAACCUCCUGAGGCUCUUUCACGCCUUCCUCAUGAGCCACAUCACCUACGUGGUGGCUAUGUACUGCUGGCAAGGCCACGCGAAGAAGCUAGACACGCUAAUUCGAAAGAGCAUAAAGAGGGUGCUGGGCAUUCCUAUGCAAGCCAGCACCGAGCGACUCAUGCAGCUAGGGGUUCACAACACCCUGGAAGAGAUCAUCGUUGCCCAGGAAUCUGCCCAGGUAGCUCGGCUGUCGUCUACGCCGGCCGGAAGAAAGAUUUUGGCUGUACUCUUCCUCAACCUCCCGCUCGUUGUGGAGCGGCGACAUCAGCUUUUGACGCCCAAAGGGAAGGGGAGACUCGUCAAGGUGUCCGUGCCGCCGGAGCGCGUGAUACUGACGGACUUCGAGAAUGUCCUCAACAGGCCCAACUUCAGGUUCUUCUUCAAGUCGACGGACGAUGAUCUCGGAGUGGUCAAUGAAGAAAUAGUGGAGGGUAUGACUGCAGCUUGCCUCGUCUCAGUGGCCGUGGGGGUGUCGCGGCUCGUGCCAGUAGAUGCAAGCAGCGUUGUCUGA